GGGGUCCCUUUUAAUAGGGAAGAUGGCGGCUGGGAAGACUCGCUCCUGGACUUUCCGACCCCAGCGCCCCAGUUCCCUGUUCCUCUUACCGUUCCCCUCCCCCUCCACACCCAGAAAUAGCCCGCGACACCAGGCGGCCUCCGGCUUCCCCAGGGACGGGGGAGGGGGAGCCCGGGGAAGCGGGAGGGUCCCUUUAGAACGCCCCUCGGCGGCUGGACUUGCGCUGGCCAGGCAAGGAGGUCGACCCCCGGCCGGGAGCGCUCGGAGUGGCGGGAGCAGCCGGCUUGCUCCCAGACUGCGUGUAUUUUUAAUGCAUCUGCUGGGAAAGCGGAGCACCGAGGGAGAUGGGGCGCUGAGGUCGCUGAGGGUGGUGGCUGGUGGCCCCGUGGCCCCACCACCAGCUCUUUUGGCUUCCUAUUUAGGAACAGGUGGUGGUUAUGUGACUCCUGCGCAGUCCAGGUGGGCUUCCACCCCUACCCUAUUUCAAUUCCUCUUUCCCGAUCUGGGCCGGUGCACUUCCUCAUUGCCAAAGCGGCAGAAACUUUAACUGGAUGGUUUUAGGAUAAGGGUGGUCGUGCCCAUGAGGGUAGGGUGCUGUGGACAAGGCACUAGAAGAGUUCAUUGGGGUUCAGGGUGGGAUGUAGGGUCUUGGCCAAAGGAAGUAAAACCUCCUGCCCCCUAUGCAGACCCUUCCCCAGCAGCACCAUUAGGGGUGCCCCCUUUGCCUGGGAGGGGGGAACUGAGGCAGGCAGGUGCUGCUGCCCGCCUUUCUAUGAGGCGGGAGAGCCUGCCACCCAGACAGUACUCCUUGUGCCUUGCCCUGCCUCCCUUCUCCUCCCUCUGGCCUGGAUCCCAGGUGGCUGUGACCUUUCUCAGCUUGGCCAGCAGGCCAGAGAGGGUGUGUGUAUCUAAGGUGGUGGUUAUUCUAGGACCCGGUCUGGUGUCCAACCUGAUGUGGUCACUCUGGCCUGGCAGGGUCAUCAACGCUGGCAAGAGCCGGCACAAUGAGGACCAGGCUUGCUGUGAGGUGGUGUAUGUGGAAGGUCGGAGGAGUGUUUCAGGGGCACCAAGGGAGCCUAGCCGAGGCCAGGGACUCUGCUUCUACUACUGGGGCCUAUUUGAUGGGCAUGCAGGGGGUGGAGCUGCUGAAAUGGCCUCUCGGCUCCUGCAUCGCCAUAUUCGGGAGCAGCUAAAGGACCUGUCCUGCUGGUCUUCGCAGAAGGAAGUGACCCAUGAGAGCCUGGUCAUAGGGGCCAUUGAGAAUGCCUUCCAGCUCAUGGAUGAGCAGAUGGCCCGGGAGCGGCGUGGCCACCAAGUGGAGGGGGGCUGCUGUGCACUGGUUGUGAUCUACUUGCUAGGCAAGGUGUAUGUGGCCAAUGCAGGUGACAGCAGAGCCAUCAUCGUCCGGAAUGGUGAAAUCAUUCCAAUGUCCCGGGAGUUCACCCCGGAGACUGAGCGCCAGCGUCUUCAGCUGCUUGGCUUCCUGAAACCAGAGCUCCUGGGUGGUGAAUUCACCCACCUUGAGUUCCCCCGCAGAGUUCAGCCCAAGGAGCUGGGGCAGAAGAUGCUGUACAGGGACCAGAACAUGACCGGCUGGGCCUACAAAAAGAUCGAGCUGGAGGAUCUCAGGUUUCCUCUGGUCUGUGGGGAGGGCAAAAAGGCUCGAGUGAUGGCCACUAUUGGGGUGACCCGGGGCUUGGGAGACCACAACCUCAAGGUCUGCAGUUCUACCCUGCCCAUCAAGCCCUUCCUCUCCUGCUUCCCUGAGGUGCAAGUGUAUGACCUGACGCAGUACGAGCACUGCCCAGAUGACGUGCUAGUCCUGGGAACAGAUGGGCUGUGGGAUGUCACCAGUGACUGUGAGGUAGCUGCCACUGUCGACAGGGUGCUGUCAGCCUAUGAGCCCAAUGACCCCAGCAGGUACACAGCUCUGGCACAAGCUCUGGUCCUGGGGGCCCGGGGCACCCCCCGGGAUCGUGGCUGGCGUCUUCCCAACAACAAGCUGGGUUCCGGGGAUGACAUCUCGGUCUUCAUCAUCCCCCUGGGAGGGCCAGGCAGUUACUCCUGAGGGGCUCAGCCCUGACCCUCCCACCACUAUCCUAGCCUCUCCAGUCUUACCCCUCUCCCAACCCAAAUUCUGAAGUUGUCUCCCUGACCUUCUUUAGUGGCAAAUUAACUGAAGAAGGGGUAUCAGUUAGAUACAAAAUUAUAGCUAUUGGCAAAUAAACCAGAUGGAUAAA